AUGACUUAAGAGUAUUCUGAUAUAAAAAUUAUCAUUAAACCUUCUGAAUAGUAACUUCAAAUAAGUCUUGAUCCAUCAACUACCAUUAUUGAAUUAUAUGAUUAUAUAAAAACAGAGUUGAAGUAAUUUAAAGAAGUUAAUAAGAUUAUUUGAUUAAUUUGAAAAAUGGACUUGUAAAACAUAAAAUGGUGUUUAACUUAAACUUGAUGAUGUUAUUGCAAAUAAUAUAAAUCGCACUUUGAUAAUAAAUACGGAAGCAUAACUUAAUUUAUUAAUUUGGAUAGUUAAUGGAUAAAAAUUGAAGUUAUUUCCUUCAAGUUAUAAUCCUAUGACAACUAUUGAAGAGCUAGCACAAUAACAUUUAGAGUAUUUUGUAAAUGAAAUUUAUCAAGGGUAAUUUAUUUUAAUGUAAAAAUAGAGAUUCAAGUGAUAUUGAUAUUACGAUUUCUUAAACUCCAUAUAAUGAUUCUGAGAUUAGAAAAAAGUCAUUAUAAGAACUUAAUAUUAAUGAUUAUUCAUUAGUUGUAAUCAGAUGGAUGAAUAAAGACUUGAAAUCUCAAUAAUAAUUGAUUUCUACAGUUUUUCAUUAAAGUAAAAAUUAUAAUAUAAAUGAAUCAAAUACUAAUGAAAAUAUAUAGUAAAUGGAUUGUGAUCCUUAACAAUCUAUUUAAUUAGAGAAUGGAUAAUUAAUUAAAAAAUUUCCAUUUAAUGAAUUUAACUAUCUUAAAGAUUUCAUUUAAAAAAUGAUAAAAAAUAUGGAAUAAAAAAUAAUCGAAAAUUUAAAAUCAUUUGAAAAAAAGUUAAUUGAAUAUGUUAUUUAAUUAGAAUAACAUAUUCCUGAAAUCAAUAUGUUAGAUUAAAAUGUCUAAUAAUAAGACUGUUAAUUCAUAACUUAACUAAAAGGAUAAUAUUAAAAGUAUAACUAAACUAGAGAUACUCUCUCAUAAUUAGAAUUAUAUUUCAAUUAAUUUAUUGAGAAUCUCAAGAAAAUUUCUUUAAAUGAAAAUAUGAUUACAAAGGGUGUGUAUUUAUCUUCAGAAAAUUAAGCUAUAAUUGUAUAAAUGAAUUAAGAUUCUACAAUAACAGAUUUAUUUUAUGAACUUAAAAAAUAAUGUUGGUUUUAUUUUAUAAUAUUCUUAGCAUAAGUGUGCCCUUAGAAGAUUGGAUUUGUGAAUAAUAAUUGAACAAAAAAGAUAAAAUGAACAUUAAUCAACCAAUAAGUGAGAUUGAAAGUGAUGUAUUGAUUAUUUAGUAUAAAAAUUAAGAAGUUGAAGCAAAAUGA